AAGACUGGUUGUCGGGUAGCUUUAUUUUAAACACGUCUCAUUCUUACGUAAAGUUCAGCGAAAAUACGUACGGCUGUCUUCUUAGUAAAACCAGAAUUUCACCUCUUUUGCAGCUCUAAAACUUUUUUUAGAAUAUUUUAGAAUACGCAAACCUACACUGAAGCCCUCAGUUUGGUAGGUUAGGGUAUCAGGUAUUUUGCUUAUGUAAAAAAACCUGCUGUGGGAUAAUUUGAAUAAUAACUGUCCUAGUUAUUUUGUUUAAGCGUCAGGUUUCGAUUCAUAAAUCAGUGCCUCGGUGGAUACAAAGACCAAGUUAAUCACGUUGCUUGAGGGGACCAUGAGCAGAAGUAAUGUGCAGUCCUUAUUCUUUAUCACUUUGCCUGACCUUCGAAAGCUGUGUAGUGUAAACAUAUCUCAGCUCUGUGACCCUGACGAUGGGGAAACCAGAAACAAUCAGAUCAGAAUAUGCAGAGAGCUUUUAUUCCUCUGUCCAGAACUCCUUGCCUCUCCUGUAUUAGACUCCUUUGGUGAAAUCACAGUGAUAAUGGCUAUAACCUUUUUCAAAACUGGAAUAAUCCAAGCCUACACUCAGAGGCACAGUCUACAGAUGGGUACCCCACGUAGAGUCCUGCCUGCUAUUUUGAAGGCUUGUCUUUCAUAUACCUUGACUGCUAAAAUGGCUCCAGAGUGGAAUAAGGCAGGGCAGUUUCUCAUUGCAGGAACAGAUUUUUUAACAGAAAGUGGGAGGCUUAAUGCUGUAGUAAUGGAACUAAAUGCCACUGAAACCCAGCUCUGCAUAUGUGUAGAAGCCAAAUCCAUUCGCCUGCCACCAGCAAAACUUGAAGACUUUGAUAUUUCUGCUAAUGCCGUGAAGAAUUUCUACAGUAGCAGAGAUGCUGAAAUUCAGACAUAUGCAAUUUCUAACAACUGGUGUUACAUAUUACCAAGUAUGAAGAUGGGCCAGAUCAUCAGCAUCAGUCAUCUGCUACCAUCAGUGUGUCCAUUCGAGUCAUACACAGAAAUACAGAAACACUGGAAUAUACUGUAUGGCUAUAAGAUUCCUGCUGUCAAUGGGGAAAAUGAAGUAUAUUGCAAUGUUUACUUCAAACUGGUAGGAGAGAGGCUGUUCACAUACCCUUUAUGCUGCAUCCGAAGUCAGCCAGUGCAGUGUUUUUCAAGAGUUGAUUUAGAUGGGGUGCUUAACUUAUUUCUUAAAGACCUGAAGGCUAACAUGGAAAAUAUCUGUGGUUUUGCUGUGCAGAUGACAAGUAAACCUUGCUAUUUCACAAGCAACCUCAACAACGUAAGUACAAAGGGGUUAUCGAUCAGACCAGUGAAUCUUACAGCUGAAGGGAAGUACAGCUCUGCUGUAUAUCAGCUUCCUAUCAGAGCAGCUCCACAGCCCAGGAGGGAUGCUGUGCUGGGGAUGCCACCCAGUCAGGAAAGGGAGUCCAGAAGCUCCCCGUAUGUCGUGGGAGCUGCAGGGGAACACACAGAACACCGAACACCAGACCUUCACUCUGAAAGCAAGCCCACCUCUACUUCCUCCACACAGCAGCCACGCCGACUUGUCCCGAUCUUUAAAAAUAAGGCUUUAAAGCAACAAGUCAAUGUCACAAAAAUCUUAGCAGAAAUAAGACCAAAAACACAGCCUGCUGUUACACCCUUAGCUAAAGCUGCAGUUUUGCAGUGGCCCCCAACAUCCUCUUUCAAGAGGUCAAAUCCUGGAGUGGGAACCUCCAGACCUGACUUAAUGCAGCCCAGUUCCACUCUGAAGUACUCAGGGCACCCUUCAUCUUUUUCUUCUUCCGCUGGCAACAAAGAUAUGGAAAGCCCGUUUAUCAAGAAUACCUCACUGAGGAAAAAUCCUGAAGAGAAAUGUCUGCAGGUUGACCCAAGUAAUGUUUUCCCCACGUCUACUCCAGUUCUUACUAGCAAUGGAAAUGUAGCAACUAUGUUCAUGCAAAGUGGAUUCCAGCACAGCAAAGCAGACCUGGCAAUCCAAGCCUGCACAGGCCUUGCACAGAAGCAAAAAAGGAACCAAAUAAUUUCUCAGGGAGAUGGGCUGGAGUAUACAAGUAAGAAAUCAAGACCCAUUAUCCAGGAUGUGGAUGUGGAAGAGUAUGCAAGGAGCAAUCAGCUCUCGAAGCUUAAUUCAGCUACUCUGCAAGCCUGGCUUAAGAUGAAUGGCAUUUCUGUGAAGUCAAGGGACAAGAAAGAGGAACUGGUUUCUAAAGUCAUACAGAGCAUCUGUGAACCAUGAGAGUUUUUAUUAAAUGUAUUAAGGAGAUGUGUAUUAUCUUGGAUCAGGUUCCUUCAGUUUAUUAAU